AUGAUAUCUCGUCGGUACGUGUUAAUAGAAUUACUUAUCUAUAAUGUGUUUGAGUUGUUGGGUGGGUCAGAUUUUGCUAUCACUGAUCAACAGCAUACUAUAUCGCAAACCCCUAAUGGCGGAAAAGUGAAAAGAUGUAAAUCUCGUGUAUUGUAUUAUGCUAACCAUUGUGCCACGCAACAACUUGUAAUGAGUGGCGAUGUUGAAAGCAAUCCUGGUCCCGCACUCCAACGCGGAUUGAAAGCUCCAUCUUGUUCAAUCUGUGAGAAAUGUGUUAAAUGCAAUCAAAGACGAUUCAUUUGUGAUACAUGCUGGGAAACCACUCACGCUGCUUGUUUGAACCAAUCAAAUUUAGUACUCAAUGGUAGAAUUCCGAAAUAUUGGACCUGUUCAGAUUGCCAUUUUACUGUGCUUCCCUUUUCGAAUGUACGUGAUGUUUGCGCAUUGUACUCAUCUAUUCUGAGUGAUGGUGGUGAAUACGAGGAAUUAAUAACCAUACCAAGCAAUCCAAAACAUACGAAAAUUUGCCAUCUAAAUACGCAAUCCUUACCGAGCACAUUUGACGAGUUCUCAUACAUGCUCGAAUGUCAUAAAUUUGACAUAAUCACGUUGUCCGAGACAUGGUUAAAAAAUAAUCAGGUAUUGAUUGAUUAUGUAAACAUUCCAGGAUACCAAUUUGAAUAUAAAAACAGAACUGAUAAACGAGGAGGUGGUGUUGGAAUGUACAUCAAGGACGAACUUAUUUACAAAACUAGAGACGACAUAACCAAACUCGACAAUUCUAUCGAACAUGUCUGGAUCGAAGUGAAAGGUAGAAAUAAAAAUUACUCAUAUCUAGUUGGAACAUUUUAUCAGCCAUCUUCUAUAGAAAGAGAAAAAAAAGAUUGGCUAGAACGAUUUGAUAUUCUUUUGCGUCACAUCACCGCAAAAUGGGACGGUAUUAUCAUAAUUACAGGUGACUUCAAUAUCGACUUAUUACAAGGUGAUAAAUCCACAAUCGAAUUAUAUCAAGAUACACUUAUGACUUAUGACCUAAAACAACAUAUUACAAAACCAACCCGAAAAUCGACAUUCCUUAUUGAUCAUGUUAUUAGCAAUAUACCGGAAAAGGUAGUUAGUGAGAACGUUUUAUUGUGCGAUGAAAUUUCUGACCAUGAUGCCCCGCAUAUCGUUAUGAAUAUCAAAAAGGAUAAAUUCGAAAAACGAUACAAAUUUAUACGUGACGAGAAGCAGUUGAACAUCGAUGAAUAUAUUAGUGAUAUCGAGAAGAUUCCUUUUUCCUUGAUAGAUACUUUUGAUGAUCCGGAAGAUCAACUGUAUGUUAUGAAUGAACUCAUACUGUCCUGCAUUAAUAGCCAUGCUCCUUUGAAAAGGUGUAAAUUUACACGACCACCAGCUCCCUGGAUGAAGGACCCAUCCAUUGUAUCGUCGAAACUGAAACUUGAUGAACUUCGUAGUGAAUUAAAAUCUUGUGAUGACAGAGAGGCUAAACAUGAGUAUAUUGAAACGAGAAAUAAAUUGAAGAAGGCUAUCAAACACUCUAGAAGAACCUUCUAUCAAAAGGCUUUAUCAAGUAACCGUUCAAAGGAAGUAUGGAAAACCAUAAGAACUAUUAUUAAACCACAGUUCAAACAAAUCAGGCAGAAUCCCGAUACCAUCAAUGAUUAUUUCAAUUCCAUUGCAAUAAAGUUAAGCAAUACAAAUGAGUUAAACAUUUCUCCCACCAUGAAUGAUGAGGCUGUACCGGCAAUGGAUUUAUUUGACCUUCGUCACGCUACCCAAGAGGAUGUUCUCAAACAUUUGAAUUCAUUGAGAAGUGAUUGCUCUACUGGUGGUGAUAACAUACCAGCGAAAUUCAUAAAACCAGUCGCAGCCCAAUUGUCGCCAGUCCUAACAAAGAUUUUGAAUAACUGCAUCGAUGCAAACGUAUUUCCAACAUGCUGGAAGAAAUCACGUAUCUGUCCGGUACCUAAAGUUCCAGGUGCUUCGCAACUAGAAGAUUUUCGUCCAAUAUCAAUACUUCCUGUACUGUCGAAAGUAUAUGAGAAAGUCAUUUUAUCACAGCUUUGUGACUUCAUUGAUAGAUAUAACAUUUACGCUUCAACUCAAUCUGGUUUUCGCAAAGGUCACUCGUGCAUCACGAUACUCUUAAAAUUAAAGGACGACAUUUUGAAGGCUAUGCAAAGAGGUGAAGUAACUUUAUCAGUGUCAGCAGAUUACUCCUAA